GCCGCCGCUCCCGCCGCUCCCGCCCGGCCCGGCCCGGCCCGGCCCCACCGGAGCCCCCGCGGGGUCGGGCCCGGCCCCGCCAUGGCCGAGGAUUUCUGGGAGGCUCCGCGCCGCUGAGCCGGGCAGGGCCAUGGACCGGAUGAAGAAGAUCAAGCGGCAGCUCUCCAUGACGCUGCGGGGGGGCCGCGCCCCCGACAAGGCCCUGGGGGACCCCCGCGACGGCGCCGGCAGCGACAGCGAGCCGGGGGGGGACGAGGCCCGGAUGGGGUCGGACGGGGAGAGCGACCCCCCCUCGGGGACAUCCUCGGAGGAGGUGGCGUCACCCGUGAGGCUGCGGCAGCACCCGCGGCACGGAGCCUGCGAGGAUGUCACCAAGCGCCUGUCCCUGCCCGCUGACACCCGCCUGCCCGAGGGGGGGCUGGGGCUGCCCGGGCCCCUGAGCCGCCGCCUGCGCCGCGUCUCCCUGUCUGAAAUCGGCUUUGGGAAGUUGGAGACCUACGUGAAACUGGACAAACUGGGAGAGGGCACCUACGCCACGGUGUACAAGGGCCGCAGCAAGCUCACCGAGAACCUGGUGGCGCUGAAGGAAAUCCGGCUGGAGCACGAGGAGGGGGCGCCCUGCACGGCCAUCCGCGAGGUGUCCCUGCUGCGGGAUCUCAAGCACGCCAACGUGGUGACGCUGCACGACAUCGUGCACACGCCGCAGUGCCUGACGCUGGUCUUCGAGUACCUGGACCGGGACCUGAAGCAGUACCUGGACGAUUGUGGGAACGUCAUCAGCAUGCACAACGUCAGGCUCUUCCUGUUCCAGCUCCUGCGGGGUCUCGCCUUCUGUCACCGCCACAAGGUUCUGCACAGCGACCUCAAACCCCAGAACCUCCUGCUCAGCCGCCGGGGCGACCUCAAGCUGGCCGAUUUCGGCCUGGCCCGUGCCAAGUCCAUCCCCACCAAGACGUUCUCGAGCGAGGUGGUGACGCUGUGGUACCGCCCGCCCGACAUCCUGCUGGGCUCCACCGAGUACAGCACCCAGAUCGACAUGUGGGGGGUCGGCUGCAUCUUCUCGGAGAUGGUGACGGGGCGGCCGCUGUUCCCCGGGGCCACCGUGGAGGAGCAGCUGCACUUCAUCUUCCGUCUGCUCGGGACCCCAACGGAGGAGACGUGGCCGGGCAUCGUGUCCAACAAAAAGAUCCGGCACCCCUGUACCCCCGAGGGGCUGCGGCAGCACGCGCCACGGUUGGACCAGGACGGCGCCGACCUCCUGGGGCAGCUGCUGCAGUUCGAGGGGCGGCGGCGGCCCGCGGCGGAGGCCAUGGGACACCCGUUCUUCAGCUGCCUGGGGCCGCGUGUCAGCAACCUGCCCGACACCACGUCCAUCUUCGCGCUGAAGGAGAUCCAGCUGCAGAAGGAGCCGGGGCUGCGCACAGGGCCCCUGCCCCCCACAGGUUCUUCCGCCUUCCGGGUGCUCGACACCGAGUUCUGAUGUUGAGCAGCCCCCGGAUCGCUGCUGCGCCCCCCAGGACCCCCCAGAUUCGGGGCUGGGGUCACCCCAAAAAAACCUCCAGGACUUUGGGGACACCCCAAAACUCCUCGGGGGGGGGGUCCUUGGACUGCUGACCCCCCCCCAAAAAUCCCCAACACCUCCCCCCCACCCCCCCAAGGAACUGCUGCUGGAUUUUGGGGGGGGGCUUCAGUGGGACCCCCAUUGUGGGGGGGUCUGGGGGGGGAAUUUGGGUCCCCCCAUUUUUGGGGGUCCCCCCCAUUUUUUGGGGGGUUCUUUCCCCCCCCAAUUUACGUCGAGUUUUAUUUUUUCAAGGCAAUAUUAUAAAUCAGAGUCUAUAUCGGCCCCUCCCCCCUCCCCAGGGCGGGGCCUGAGGGGGAGGGGCCAAAAAGGGGCGGGGCUGUUACGGGAGUGGGGGAGGGGCGCGUACUCGGAGGUUACUCGUGCUGUACUCCAGGGUUACUCAGACUUUACUCCAAGGUUGGGCCCACUUCACUCCAUGGUUACUCCAGGGUUACUCUGGGGUUACUCAGAAUUUAUUCCAAGGCUGCGCCCAUUUCACUCCGUGGCUACUCCAGGCUGACUCAGACUUUACUCCAAGGUUGGGCCCACUUCACUCCAUGGUUACUCUGACUUUACUCCAAGAUUCGGCGCUCUUCACUCCAUGGUUAUGCCAGGAUUACUCCAGGGUUACUCUGACUUUACUCCAAGGCAGCUCAGGCCCAGCUCUGGGCCACCCCUGCCCUACUCCAGCCUUACUCCAGGGUUACUCAGCCUCCUCUCGCUCCUGCUCUUGGUUACUCCUGAGUUACUCCAAGUUCUUACUCAGACCCUCCUCCGCUUUUACAUCGAGGUUGCUCCGGACUCAGUUCCUACUCAGACUUUACUCCAGAGUUACUCACGGCCAGGGCGGGGCCGUUACUCUGCUCUUACUCUAGGCUGCUCCUGGAGAUCCUUACUCUGAGGUUACUCUGAGGUUACUCAGCCUUUGAGGGACUUGCAGGCAGAACUUACUCCAGACUUACUCAGCUCCUCACUCCGGCCUUGCUCAGCUCCCCCUUUCUGGGUUGUUUUGGGUCCUUUCGCGCUGCUCACACCUUACUCAUACCUUACUCCGGGUGCUUGGACCCUCUUUGCCUUUGCUCUGUGCUUACUCCGCCCUUACUCAGCGCUUCCCGCACUCGCUCAGCCCCCGCUCGGAGCUUACUCAGCCUUUACUCAGAGGUUACUCAGCCCUCUUACCAGACAUGACUCAGCCUUUACUCAGAGGUCACUCAGAAGUUGCCCAGUCUUUACUCGGAAGUUACUCAGCCCUUGAAUGGACAUUACUCACACUUUCCUCCAGGGUUACUCACAGGCCACCCACAAGGGACUCCUCUCCCCUCACUGGCUACUCCGGGGUUACGCCCACUUUACUCUGAGGUGGUGUUUGAGUCCAGGGUUACUCCGAGGUUACUCCAAGGUGAUGUUUUACUCUGGGGUUACUCCACUGUCACUCUCACUUUACCCCGAGAUUACUCCGGGGUUACUCCCACCUUACUCUGGUUUUACUCCGAGGCUCCUCCCCCUCCCCCAGCCUCACUCAGGACCGCCCCUCCCCCAUGGGGGCGGGGCCUCGCUCUGCAGGGGGCGUGGUCUCUGUGGCCCCGCCCCCACCCAGGGAAGGGGGGGAGGGGCGGGGGGAGCCCCAGACCGCGAUGGAGGGAGGGAAGGGGGGG